AUGUUCUCACUUUUUGAAAACAUUAAAGACAAAGUCAUUGCUGCUAAGCAACAUCUUAAAAAAGAAGUUAGAAAAACAAAAGAGGAGAGAUUAAUAAGCAGCCCACAACAAAAGACCCCUGUAUUACCUUUGCAGAAAGAACCAACAAUAACUGAAGUACAAGAGGAACUUCCAAAAGAAAACAUUCCUGUUCCAAACUUGGAAGAAAACCCCAAAGAGAAUGCUGAAAAUCUAGCUAAUCUUGAUACAAUGAUGAACAUACAGAAGAGGGUUAUUACAGCAGACAUCUUAUAUAAAAAGCAUCUCUUAAAGAUCACAAAUGUCUAUGCUCCACCGAACAUGAAAGACAGGACAGCUUUCUUUGAAAAUUGGAUUCCUCCUUUUGACAAAGACAAGAUAAACAUUAUUGCAGGAGAUUUUAAUACAAAUUUAGACCCAACCAUAAACAGAAUAAGCCAAGCCAAUAUACAAAAUGAUCUAUCAAGGUUAAAACUUAAAAGGCUAUUAAACAACUUGCUGGACUCUGCAUCUCUUUUGGAGAAAAAACCUUUUCUUACAUUCUACCAGAAUACAAGAAAUAAUCAGUCGAUGGCUACACGUCUAAACUAUAUUUUUAUAGAUAAGAACUAUCAAAAAACUGAAACUCUCUACGGAAACUCAGACCACCUGUAG